AUGUCUUCCUCAUCACCUAUUUUGACCACUAUCUCUUUACCAAAGAAACAAUCCAAGUCCUCAUCUACUUCCAAAAAGUCCAAUAUUCAAAAAUCUCGUCAACGAAAAAAGUCAUCCAAUAACAACAAUACUACUACUACUACUGCUACUACUACUACUACUACUAUUAAUUUAUCUGAAUCGGAUGAUACUGAUAAAUCAUCAUCAUCAUCAUCAUCUCGUCAAAAAAAACAACAGCGCCAUCGUCAUCAUCAUAAACGAACUAGUGCUCAGCCUAAACUACAACAAACUUCUUCUCCUACACCAGUUGAUUUAAAAAGACGUCGACGUUCCAACAGUGCUGUAAUUUAUGCUGGUCCUCACUUUAUGAAUGAUGCUCCUUCUGCAAGUUCUUUACCUCUUCCUGGUGAUAUGAAAACUUCUCCUAUACCAGUCCAAUCAUUCUCUCUUCAUCAUCGACCUACCCUUUAUGAACGUUCUCUUAUGUGCGAUACUAUUGAUACCAAACUCCAGUUUACUUCUCAAAAGUCAUAUUAUCUUAUGGACCCUAUCUCUGAAAUUCAAGAAAAGUUGCGUACCAUGCUCAAGAUUCAAGCCUGA